UUCUGUCCCAAAUACCAAAUUCCAGGAUGGGAGACAAUGGAGGCUGAGUUAAUGCCUGUCCUAGAAGAAAGAGAGAGCUUUUUCUUUCUGCAGCAGAGGUACGUUAAUGACAUAAUGUAUGAAAUUGUAUAUACUGUAUCAGGGGCGGACUGACAACUCAUGGGGCCCCCGGGCAAUAGGGGAUCAUGGGGCCCCUGUGUCCUUGCCCAAACUCCAAAAAACCAAUGAAAAAGGUACCAGGGGCAUCUCAUGGGGCCCCUACUGACCCCGGGCCAUCGGGCAGUGCCCGAGUUUCCAAAUGGUCAGUCCACCCCUG